AUGGCUGUGAACGAGGAAGAGGAGCAUGCGAAGACCAAGGACAAGGUGAAACCUACGAAACCCGUGAACAAGCCGAAGGCCACAGCCAAGGCUUCCAGUGGGAAGAAGAAGCCGGCAGAGCCGAAGAAGCCAGCAGAGCCGGUCGAGCCCCAGGACGAUCACCCGAUCCUCGAGUACGACAACCUCGAGGAGAUCAUGAAGGUUUUCGAUCUCACUGAGCUUGAGGCCGUCGAGGCUUUGAGGGAAGUUGUGGGACCGCCACCCAAGGACUUCGUGCUGCCAUCCGCCCGUGGCCAGGGCAGCUCGGUGCCCAAGAAGCCUCGAGCUGUUACCCCCAAAGAGUUCUUUGCUCUGAAUCCGCCUAAGCCUGUUGUGGAACAGCCGGCAGAACCGGAAGAGCCGGAAGAGCCGGAAGAGCCCGAAGAGCCGGAAGAGCCGGAAGAGCCCAAGCGCCGACGACGUUUGAGCCAGAAGACGCCUUUGAACAUCGCUACAAAGCGUGUUUCGAAGGAACCCAGGUUUGAGACGCCAGUGCCGGUGACGGAGCCUGUGGCGGAGCCCAAGCAGCUCAAGCGCGGGUCCUGUGCCACGCUGAUGGCCGGGGCCAAGAUGAUCGAGGGCCAGAACAAGCACAGUGCCAGCAACUUGCCGAGUGAAGCGAGCUCCAUGGCCUCCGAAAUCGAACGGUUGAAGAGGGAGGUGGUGAGGCUCACGGUUUCCAAUCAGCAGCUUCAGCUCACGGCCAAUCGUGAGACAGAAGCACCGGCACCGGCGGUGCGCAAGCCAGUGCUUGCCGCGAAGGAGGAGGAGGAGGAGCAGGAGGAUGAUGAUGCAUCCGAUGCAGAUAAUGCGACGGAGGCGUAUGAGCGCGAAGACAAGGAUGAUGAUGAUGAAGGCUAUGAGGAGGCCGUCGAGGGAGAGGAGGAGGAGACGAAGGAAGAUGAUGAGGCAAUGGAGGAUGCUGAUGAACCCAGCCCAGCACAGCAUGAUGGUGAUGAUGACGUUGAGAUGGCCAGCGAGGCCCGGGACAGCGAGCUGGAGGAGGAGGCUGAUGCCGAGGAGGUGCAUGAUGUGCAGGAGGGAAUGACGGGCCGUUCCAAGGCUGCCAGGAACAAGAAGUUGCACGCCGGGGGGGUUGGUGAGCUCCCCGAUCCGCGAUCCAUCCCGCCACCACCGCCGGCAGUGGAAGAUGCGGCAGCUCCGGUGCCAGGCCUGAGGCGUGGUACUCCGCUGCAGCUGGAUGUGAUCAACACGAGCACCCACAAGACGGAGUGGAAUCGGCUCGAAAGAUUCGUCACCGGAACUGCCUUCCCGCACAUGCGUGGGCUCUUCGGGGGGAGCAAGACUGACAGAAACGCCCUCCUCCGCCAAUGGGUGGAGCAGGAGGGGAACGCCGAUGCAUGCGAAGCCGCCGUGAUCUUGAUGAGAAAAUCUUCCAACACCAACGACAAAAAAAAGGAGUUGUUGAAGAUCAGUGAAAUGGUCAAGAGAGGCUACAGCGAGAAGAAAAUCGAGCGGAUCGUGACGACGCAAGCGGGCGUUCCGGACGAGGACGUGCCGGACAUGGUGUCCGAGAAUUAUUAUUGGGUAACCACGGAAAGGACAGCCUUGGAGCGCGAAGAAAGCAGCACUACGGGUACGUUCACUGCCCAUACCGCGGCCACGCCUGGUGUUGUCUCAGCUUUGGGAGGCAGCAUUGCCCCCAGCAUCGCGCCCGCCGUCCCGCUUGCCCCAGGUGUCAGCAACGAUCUCCUUGGCCACAUCCAGAGCAGUACGAGCAUCAAAAAGGAGCUGAAGGCAUGCAAUUGCUACGUGGACCUGCCAUCCGGGCAUGACCUCCGAACUGCCCUCGAGAAGGUGAGCAAUGAUCUUACUGCUAUCUUGGAUGAGAUCCGCGACUGCACCGACAUGCCAUCCUUGGAGAAGCUGAGGGAGCAAGCUGCUGAGCUCGUGGAGGGUGCGAAGUACACGCGUGUUCAAGCUGCUGCGGUGGCGCGGGAGCUCAAGAAAGAGAGCGGCAGUGCAUAUGCAUCUGACGAUCGGUUGCAAGACCAGCUGGACAGGGAGCUUCUGGAUGCUGUGGGCUCAGGGGACCUCACCGUUCAUGCCCUCAUCGAUUAUGGCUACCUCGACAUGCUGGUCGACUACGAGCAGCUGGAUGACUUUUGGGACAACUUCUUGAAAGACUAUCCUUUGCAUCCUGUUUGUUGGAAGUGCAUGGCUACAAAGGGCAACGCUGAAGGUGCUGAUCUGGGCUUCUGCUACACCAACUUGCAAGCAAAUGCAAAAUGGAAGUCCUCUUAUGGCUUAAACGACCCCUACCAUGUAAGACCUCCUUUCCUGGACCUCCCUGGAUUUUCUAUGAGCAUGGUGUGGCCCGAUAUUCUGCACAUAUUCCAUUUGGGAUGUGGGAGAGACCUGAUUGCAUCAGCGCUGAGAGUGCUCUUGGGUAAACAUUACAUGUUCAAUGGCAGAACUGUGGCGCUUCGGAUCCGCGAUGCUUCGCGACGCCUGCUUGACUUUGCAAAAGACAAUGGCUACACCCUUAGCAUCAGGAGGCUGACGACUUUGAACAUGGGCUUCCAGAAAAAAGGGUAUCCGGAAAUGAUGUGCAAAGGCUACGACACGUUCGUGAUUUUGCGGUGGUUGGUUUCCGAAGUGACGUCCCAUGCCCCUCCAGAUCAGGAGCUUCUGAGCACGUGCUUGUGGGCUGCAGACUCGUGUCUAUGUGUUGCGAACGCAGCUGGAAGGAACAUGACUGAAGCUGAACAUCUUCACGUACGUACCGUUGGACAUCUGUUUUUAACAUCGUACUUGAACCUUGCGAAAAAUGCUUUGGCAUCGAGGAGGAAGCUGUGGAGGCUAAGGCCGAAGUUCCACUUGCAGUACCACUUGUUCUGCGAUGUAUUGCCUAGCCGUGAGAAUUUUACAUACCAUGCUACGUGGAUGGACGAGGACUACAACAAACAUGUGGUCAAGAUCAAGAAGGGCACGCAUAAAAAGACUGCAACAGUGUCAACGCUGAAAAGAUGGAUCUUGGGUCUGGCAGGACAGCUGGAGAAUGCGAAGACGGUGAAGUCGCGCUGA